AUGGGCGAAUACACCAGUACUGAAGCACACGCAGCCUGUUUCAACCGCGCUCUGGAUUCCCCAGACACUCUCUUCUCGCGCCGCGUUUCGGCAGGACGUCCGCUGGCCCUGGACCAGUACACCUCCGCUCCCCUUCCGCUCCCCGUCAACCCCCACGCCGCGCAGCAGCCGCUCCUGCCCUACCACCCGCUCCUCCGCUCUGUGCACAUCAACAACCUGCUCCAGAAGAAUUUCCUUGCGCAGUCGCCUCCCGCCACCACCGUGUCUCAGGAACAGCACCCGAGGCCCUUGGCGUCGAGACCGGCACAAGAGACCACAAAGAAAGCGCAACCCAAGCCGCACCCUGCGCCACGGCACAUCGAUGGGAAUAACAGCGUGUCGAAUCGAGCUACGAGCGGUACAUCGCAGGUGACAGACUCCGCAAGCAUGGCAAGUAGGGGGUCAGAGGGGGUCAAGCAUUCCCUUCCCGCACGCCCACCAAUGACUUCACAUCACUCAAACUCGGUCCCUUCGACGCCUCACCAGCAUGCCCGGGAUGUUGCAUUUCGCUCGAGAACACCGUCGCCAAACGGCGCUCUCGGCAAUCACUCGCCGAGGUCCGUCUCGUCCGAGGCAAAUAGUACGCUACCGUCACUACGAAAGCAGCCGUACAAGUGCAAGUAUGAGACGGGCAUCGCUUUUGGUAGGCGCCGGAUGGGCUAUGACAACGCCGACAUGCUGGAGAAGGCGCCCGUGCGGCCCAAGGCCUCCCUGAACCCCCAGGAAGAGGAGAAGCUCAGUGGCGAUAUGAGAGAGCUGUACGACCGGUUAUUACCGUCCGAGGAGAGCCAGAAGAGACGGAAGCUCUUGGUGGAAAAGCUGGGCCGGAUUCUGCACACGGAGUGGCCUGGAAACGAGUUCAAGGUUCAUGUCUUUGGGUCAUCGGGCAACAUGCUUUGCACCGCCGAGUCCGAUGUCGAUGUGUGUAUCCAGACCCCAAUGAAGAAGCUGGAAAGCGUGCAUAUGCUGGCUGAAGCACUAGCAAAACACGGCAUGAGCAAGGUGGUGUGCGUAGCCUCGGCAAAGGUUCCCAUUGUCAAAGUCUGGGACCCCCAACUCGAACUGGCUUGCGACAUGAACGUGAACAACACGCUUGCGUUGGAGAACACGCGGAUGAUCAAGACGUAUGUUCAGAUCGAUGAACGCGUACGUCCAAUGACAAUGAUCGUCAAGCACUGGACGAAACAGCGGAUCCUGAACGAUGCUGCAAUGGGUGGGACACUGAGCUCCUACACCUGGAUCUGCAUGGUCUUGAACUUCUUGCAGACCAGAUCUCCGCCGGUGUUGCCUUCGUUGCAUCAAAUGCCCUUCGAGAAGCAUCUAACCGACACUGGAGAGGAGUCGAGCUUCUUUGAUGACUUGGAGCAAGUUCGCGGUUUCGGAAAGGACAACACGGAGUCCUUGGGGCAGCUGCUCUUUCAGUUCUUUCGAUUAUAUGGACACGAUUUUGAUUACGAACGUGAUGUUGUCUCCGUCCGGAACGGGAGGUUUUUGACGCGGAAGGAGAAGGGAUGGGAGGUGGACAGCGGCAACAAGGAGGGCCGGUUCCGCUUGUGUGUGGAGGAGCCUUUCAAUGUUUCUCGGAACUUGGGCAAUUCCGCCGAUGAUUACGCUUUUCGUGGGAUACAUUUGGAAAUCCGCCAGGCUUUCGAUUUUCUGGCAGACGGUGGGCAACUGGGGAAGGUAUGCGAGCAAUUCGUCUUCCCCAAGGAAGAGCGACCCACUUUCCAGAAACCGCCGCCAGCACCGAAACCGACCCUGACCCACAGUACUUCGCCAUCCCGGCGGGGUGGGCGUGGCGGCGGCAACCGUGGUAGCAGAAGCCACUACAACCAGAGGAACAACCAGAACGACCGUAGUAGGUCGUCAAGUGGCACGAACUACGCGAACGGGCUUCCUUUCUUAAGUCCUCCUCUUGCAGGAGCUGGGCCUGAUUACUUUGCUGCUACUACCGGAGCAUCUUUGCACGAACAGCUAUACAAGCAGUAUCAAAUGCUUGAGAUGCAGCAACAUAGCUUAAAAGCGCAACUCUUCGCCCAAGCACAGGCUCGUGCAGCACAAGCGCAAGCCAUUGCCCAGGCCCAGGCUCACGCCAGAAAUGGUUCGACCCACGGAUCCCCGCCAAGGACGCAGUAUGCGACGGCUCAGCCCGUGUCCAGAGAUCCAAACGAGCCACCCGCCACUGCACCUCUCAUGCCUCACUACCUGUAUCCUUAUCCGAAUGGGUUUGAGCAGCCUCAGCCCAUGUCCCAAUCUCACUCUCAGGAUGGAAUUCGGACAAACCCUACGUCGCCAUCAUUACCUCAGAGUAUACCGACGCAAAGGCGCGGUGCUCAUCGGGCCGUCGUGCCUGAAGGUCAGGCAAAUAGCUCCGUCAGGUCUCAUUCGCAGCCGGCGAGAGCGGAUCAGAAUGCCCUGUUCCUUCCGGGCUAUCCACCGAUACCUAGCUAUCCUCCCAAUCUCAUGGCCUAUCCAAUCGCACGAUCAUCGCAGGAUGCCCAGCCGACUCAGCAGCAGCCAGUGGAUGUUCCCCAACACCACUCCAAGGCCCUUCAGAUUGUCCCUGAGCAUGCCCAAAACGGCUCACCAAAGGAGUACCUCGGUUACUUCAUGAACGAGUCCCCGCAGCAGUUCCGUUCUAAUCUCCAAGAUUACACCGUUCAGGCGAUUCCCUCUUUCCAGGAACUGGCCCAGAGGCGUAGAAGGAUUUCGCCAGAGUUGGUGCCUCCUCAACAAACUCAGGCACAGCAGCAUGUCUCGCGAUCGCCAUCUCCCUUAGGACAAAACCACAACAGAAGCUAUUCGAGCGGAGUUCGCCCGGCGCCUGUGACUUCAGCAUCUCUACAAGUACCUGAAAAGCCAACACAACCCGCACCGCCCAUCGAGUCAGGUCCUGUGAUUGUGAACGGCUCAUACCGAGCACCCCAAGCCAGAGAACAAAGGAGUGUGCCUGAGAAUGUCGAUUCCAAUGGGUAUAUUGACAGAGAUGCUGUAUCUUCGACUGGCGGCUCAGCGCGACCAGACGAGCCGUUCCCCAUGGAGAUGCCGGAGCAACAACAACAGCGUCAACUGUUUGCGAACGAGGUUUUACGCCGUCAUUUUGCUUCACCUGAGCCUGAAGGUUCGAACGGCAUUGACAUUUAUAGUACAACAUCUCAAAUGACCGUGCCGAGUUACUCGGCGGCUGGAUCCGGCGUUGUGAAUGGCUACGCUGUCAACGGCGAUGUUGAUUACUCUAUCCCAAAAGCCGCUCCGUCGAACACUCAAAACAUCCCGCCUUGGCGUGUCAAGUCGGCCCCCAACGGUAUCUCACAUCUUGACACAUCAAGAACGUCCGCCGCGCCUGCACAGACAGUGAAGUCGGCUGUCUUGCCUAUAUUGUCCCCUGUUCAGGAGACCAGGACUCCAUCCCCUACGGCCAACCGUGGUGCGCUGUCUGCCGGUCUUCAGCCUUCGAACGGUACAUUGCAUGGCAGCGUCGGCUUCCUAGAGAAGGAUAACCAGGUGACUCCCCCGCGAUCUGGGAAUGUGCAACACGCGAAACAAGCUCCGCACUUGAAGAAGGAGAGUCCGAUUGCUCACGAGAAGUCCGGCAACAAGGGCGCUGCGGCGGGUAAUUCACCUUCGCACAACGGCUGGCAAAAAUCGAGCGGGGGCAAGAAAGGCGGCCGCAAGCGUGCCAAGUCAAAUGCCAGCAAGAACGGCGAGCACAAGGGAGGCGAGCCCCUUCCGGCCAACGAGGCUGACCGUAAAGGAGGCUAG